AUGGAUGAUAACAGUCCUAUGUGCCAAAGAAUAUUUGCUCGAGCUGGUUCAGCACUCAAGAUGGAAAUAUUUAAUGAAAUUAAAGGUAUGCGCGUAUAGUUUAUAAAGUAAGAAUAGUUAGGUCGAUUGGAUAGUAUGUAAUGUGACUAACUAUGUUUACAGAGUGCAAAACUGGUGAAGUAAGAGUCACACAAGCUCAUGGAUUACCUGCACGCUUUAUUAUUCAUACUGUUGGACCAGUAUACAAUGUGAAGUACCAAACAGCAGCUCAAAAUACAUUGCACUGCUGCUAUAGAAACGUUUUACAAAAAGCACGAGAGCUUGGUUUACGCACGGUCGCACUACCGGUAAUCAAUUCUGUGCGAAGAAAUUAUCCUCCUGAUGCAGGAGCGCAUAUUGCACUUAGAACAAUAAGAAGAUUUUUGGAGCAAUAUGGUGAUUCUGUUACAUGUAUUGUGUUUGUGUUGGAGCCAUGUGAUCUUGGAAUAUACGAAGUUCUUCUUCCACUCUAUUUCCCGAGAAAUUUAGCAGAGCAGGAUAACGCUUGUUGGCAGUUACCAAACGAUAUAGGUGGAAUGGAUGGGGAACCUUUACUUCCUGAUCGACAAAUUAGAAUCAUCGACAAUCCUCAACAUGCUUUACAUGGCGAUGAAAGUGUAGAACUGUCUGCGCAAUUAGAGACAUCCGUAAAUAUUGGUGAACACGCGUUUGCACAAAUGCAGGGUGAUCUAGAUCGACAGAGACUUCUCGGCGAAAGACCACCAGCCGAUCCACUAGCGGAUAUCAUGCUAAAACAAAUGCAACAGAAAGAAAGGUACUUUAAAGAAUAUUUUAAAAAUAUUUUCACACGAAUGUCUUUCAGUCGGUUUACUUUAUUGGACGAAAAUUGUUGCAGAAUUUAUCAAUUUAUAUUAUCGCGAUUGAUAUAA